GCGCACGCCGCACGCCGCACGCCGCACGCCGCACGUCGCUCCUUCUCAUCCUCUUCCUCCUCACCACACCCAACCCCAACCCAAUUCUAGCAAGCCAUGCUCCGCACCGUCUUCUCCCCCGCUCUUCAAUCGAGCCUGCGCAGCGCGAGCGCUUCCACUCGUCAAAGUGUACGCGGUUACGCCUCUGCCCCCUCUUCCGGCUCCUCGACAUCGAACCUGCCCCUCCUCCUCGGCGGCGCCGGUGUCGCAGGGCUGGGCGCAUGGGUCCUCAUGGGCGGUAAUGCCAACGGCGUCCCCAGCGCGAGUGACGCAAAGGCCGCAGCGGGCAAAGCGGCUGCAGCCGUCCCUGGCGUAGGGGGAGCUGCCUCUGCGCUCAACAAGGACGAGUGGAGGGAGUUUAAGCUCAAGGAGGUCGUGCCUUACAACCAUGAUUCGGCGACCUUCGUCUUCGAGCUUCCCCCUGGCACGGACUCUGGUCUCUCAACAGCCUCUGCCGUCCUCUUCAAAGGUGCCGACUCUUCCCCCGUAAAGGACAAGGAUGGCAAACCCGUCAUUCGUCCCUACACUCCCGUCUCCACUCCCGCCACGCAGGGUCAUAUGGACUUCCUCAUCAAGAAGUAUCAGGGAGGAGCAAUGACCUCUCACGUGCAUGGGUUGAAGCCUGGGGACAGCUUGAGCAUCAAGGGCCCGAUUCCCAAGUUCCCUUACAAGGCCAAUGAGUUUGAGGAGAUCGGUAUGAUCGCCGGUGGGAGUGGGAUCACCCCGAUGUGGCAAGUGAUGCAGGACAUCGCCAACAAUGCUUCGGACAAGACUCGCGUCACCCUCGUCUACACCAACAAGACGGAAUCCGACAUCCUCUUGCGCGAAAAGUUCGACGCCCUCGCAGCCAAAGACCCUCGAUUCAAAAUCGUCUACGGUCUCGACAAGCUUCCCUCCAACUUCAAGGGAUUCCAGGGCUACAUCACGCCAGAAAUCAUCUCGCAACACCUCCCCGCUCCGGGUAAGGCGGACAAGGUUAAGGUCUUCGUCUGCGGACCACCACCUCAGGUGGAGAGCAUUUCCGGUGGAAAGGGGCCAAAGGGAAGUCAGGGAGAACUCAAGGGCCUGUUGGCCGAUGCGGGCUAUCAGGAGUCGCAGGUGUACAAGUUCUGAGAGCGGAGGCGUGACGCGCUUGGCGUGCGUAGAGUGGUAAUAGAGAUGGAUUGAUCAAUCAAAAAACAGAGAUGGGAAUGAAAGCCCUCCCCGGCGUGCGUGCGUGCGUGCGU